GACGCCAAGACGGUGGUGGUGGGGUGGGAGGAUUCUGGUUGGAGCCCCAAAGUACGCACGUGGCAGCCCCCCCUUGUCAAUUUUGGCGACGUUCUUGUGUUCAAGUGGAAUGACUCGUAGGAGCACGAUGUGGUGGGCGUGGAUCCAAAUCGCUUCGUGUUCUGCUACUUUGGAAAAGCUCUCCCUCCCAUCCGUGUGCUCUCUAAGGCCUCAAAUCAAGAUACAAGGCGUGCAAUUAUCGAGAAAGAGGUGCAUUGUAUUCUCCGAAUAUGAACGUCCGUACACAAAAUAG